AUGGCUCCCGAUGCAACACUGAAUGCUGGGUUACAGCGCGAGUCGCCCACCAGAGGCUCACCUAACAGCCCCCUGUCUCCUCGUAACCAAUCACCGAGUACCGGUCGCCGUCGUUCCCAAGUUCUCUUAAACCUCCAAAUGGCGAACCCCUCGAUGCCAGCGCCUGGCGAGAUGGUUUCGGAGAGCCCGACAAACAACUCUCAGACUGGCAUCCCGGCCCCCGCAACCGCUUCUCCCCGCCUGAUCGCAACUAGGACGCCACACCACAACCGGACUCCCAGCCUCGGUGAGCUUCACCAGGAGCUAGAGAACGAACAAGAGUUCCAAGUCAACCGGCUCCUUACGCAGAUCCGGCAGCUGCAGGAACAAGUUCAACGCCAGCAGCAGCAGUCUGGUAUUGCUGGCGAUGAGGCGUCGGAACGAUCCGUGUCGGGGCCGGCACCCGUGCCCGUUCCCGUACCGAACAUGACCUCGUCUCCGCAACCCACGUUUGCGAGCUCCGGGUCCCUGCCGCGGUCCCCCAUAUUUCCGCGCAGCUCAUUCGAUAUGGCCCGCGCCGACUUGCGCAACCGGUCCAGGACCCCCAGCCGCAACGCUUCACCCAGGCUACGCUCCACGUCCAUCAACGCCGACAGCGGCGAGCCGUGGGCGCUGGCCGGGCGCGAUGAGAGCGCCUUCUAUCAAGCCGAGUCACAGAUGCUGGUCCGUGAGAAUCAGAUGCUUCGGCAUCGGAUCCGAGAGAUGGAACGCCAACUUGCCGAGCUGCAGGGCACCAAUACGUCGUCGCUGGCCCAUGAGCCGUCCCAUUCUUCACACCUGAACCACUCCGUGUCAGCGUCUGAAGAGGAUGCUGCUAAGAUCGCGUCCGCAGCCGCCGCGCAGGAGCAUGGGGCUAAGGGGGAGUAAGCGCAACAGGCCGGCCCUCUUGGGCCGGACGCCAUGCCGCCAACAUGAUCGAGUACGAUAUGGCCGCCUCACGGCGUUUCUAUUAGGCCAUAUUGCUUCUCUAGAGAGUUUUCGCAAGACUUUUGCCGCAGCGGUGGGGAUAUCCGCUCGUUUCGGAGUUUGGGCCUGGGUUUGUUUCUGUAAGAUUUCAGCGGUGCUUCGACCUCGACUAGCAGUCCUGCUGCAGCGCGGUCUCGUUCCUGGUCUGAAGUACGCGGGCUUUACUGAUGGUAUUUCGGGCUGGCAGCAUAUUUGAGGAAGGAGGGGCGGCGUUCAGCGGAGGAUCUGAUACUGUGUAACUGUUGUAUGAGUAUCAACGGCGGUAGCGCGCAACCGUGGGUUUUUAUCAACCGAAUAGACCAUCAAACUUCUCUCGG